AUGUCAGAUAAUCUGAAGCAUCCUCUCGAUUCUUCUACGACUUGUCAGGAAUCAGUCGAGAGAGUCGCAAAGGUUGCGAGAAUCGAGGAUUUCAGUGACGAAGAAGAGGAACAAGGAUUGGUCGUGUCGGACUCGGAGCUAUCUAUGAACCCUAGAUCGCAACGUUACUUGGUAGCCAUUGAGUAUAUCGGAACGCGUUUCUUUGGGUCACAACAGCAGCCUACACACCGUACCGUCGUCGGCGUAUUGCAGAAGGCUUUUCAUAACUUUAUUGGCCAGCCAGUUAAGAUCCUCUGCUCGAGCCGAACGGAUGCAGGAGUUCAUGCUCUAUCAAAUGUUUGCCAUGUAGAUGUGGAACGCAUCAGUAAGCGAAAGCCCGGUGAAGUGUUACCACCUCAUGAACCUGAUGUGGUCCAGAAAGCUGUGAACCAUUUUUUACAGAAAAAUGAAGGCGAUGUUAUGGUGAUUGAUGUUCGGUGUGUCCCAAAUACUUAUCAUGCCAGAUAUAAGGCCCGGGAGCGCACAUACUUCUACCGCUUCCUAUCGGGGCCCGAUCCUUUAUCCAUCCUUGAAAAAGACCGUGCCUGGCAUAUUCCCGAGGAGCUAGAUCUUCGCUCUAUGCAGGAAGCAUGCAGAGUUCUUGUUGGAUCUCAUGAUUUUAGCUCCUUCAGGGCAAAUGGUUGUCAGGCAAAGUCACCUAUGAGAUGUUUGGAUGAGCUAAACGUCACUGAAGUACAAUCAACUCCAUAUUUUCCAUCUAUCACAGAAAGGGGGUGGAGUAACCUAAACAAUGGAGAUCCUCUCACAUGUCCAAGUCAGCCCAAGAUGGAUACUGAUGGUGUUACUACAGAUACCGGCGAAGUGGUGGGGUCUACUAAUGAUGAUACCUUUGGUAUAAGAAGACAGCAUCGUUGCUAUGUAGUAACAGCCCGUGCCCGUGCUUUUCUUUAUCACCAGGUUCGAUUGCUUGUCGGAGCACUAAAAUGUGUAGGAACGGGAGAAUUGACUGUCUCAGAUGUUAAACAAAUCCUGGAGGCGAAGACCGUGUCUGCAGCCAAACCCAUGGCUCCUGCAUCUGGUCUCUAUCUUGGGCGUGUCAAAUGUGAGUUUCCAUGA